CGAUGCGGUAAUGUGUAAUGUAGAAAUUAAAUACUUAUUAAAGACUUAAAUAUUUAUAUAUUAUCUGCUGAAAAUGGACAGCGAAGGCCGCAAAGUAAUUGUUUGUGAUAACGGAACCGGGUUUGUUAAAUGUGGAUAUGCUGGAUCCAAUUUCCCAGCUUUUACCUUUCCUUCACUUGUGGGACGACCUAUUAUAAGAGCUGCUCAUAAAAUUGGAGAUAUUGAAGUGAAAGAUGCACCAACGGAUGCUCGUGAUUUAAUGGUUGGCGAUGAAGCCAGCAAAUUGAGAUCCAUGCUUGAAGUGGCAUAUCCCAUGGAAAAUGGAAUUGUGAGAAAUUGGGAAGAUAUGUGCCAUGUAUGGGAUUAUACUUUUGGCCCUAAUAAAAUGAACAUUGAUCCAAAAACUUGCAAAGUUCUUCUAACAGAGCCUCCAAUGAAUCCUGUCAAAAACAGGGAGAAAAUGAUUGAAGUAAUGUUUGAAAAAUACCAAUUUGCUGGUACUUAUAUUGCUAUACAAGCUGUUUUAACAUUAUAUGCUCAAGGUUUAUUCACUGGUGUUGUGGUGGAUUCAGGAGAUGGAGUAACACAUAUAUGUCCUGUUUAUGAGGGCUAUGCAUUACCACAUCUUACUCGUAGAUUGGACAUUGCAGGAAGGGAUAUUACUAGAUAUCUUAUUAAGUUGCUGUUGCUUCGUGGCUAUGCUUUCAAUCAUUCUGCAGAUUUUGAAACUGUUCGAAUGAUAAAAGAAAAACUGUGUUAUAUUGGUUAUAACAUUGAGCAGGAGCAAAGAUUAGCUUUAGAAACAACAUUUUUAGUUGAACCUUAUACACUGCCUGAUGGAAGAGUCAUAAAAUUGGGUGGUGAAAGGUUUGAAGCCCCAGAAGCUCUAUUCCAACCUCACUUAAUAAAUGUGGAAGGACAAGGAAUUGCUGAACUUGUUUUCAAUACUAUUCAAAGUGCCAAUAUCGACAUUAGAGCAGAAUUGUAUAAACAUAUAGUUUUGUCUGGAGGUUCCACUAUGUAUCCUGGACUACCUAGUCGUUUAGAGCGAGAAAUCAAACAACUAUAUCUUGAAAGAGUUCUGCGGGGAGAAGCUGAAAAGUUGUCAAAAUUCAAAAUUCGAAUUGAAGAUCCUCCCAGAAGAAAAGACAUGGUGUUCAUUGGUGGUUCUGUACUUGCAGAUGUAAUGAAAGAUAAAGAUACUUUCUGGUUAUCUAGAGAAGAAUAUCUCGAAAAAGGAUUCAAAAUAAUAGAAGAAAAACUGGGUGCCAAAACAACAUACUAAAUCUAAUCCAUAUUUGCAUAAUCAAAGCAUUUCAUUGUUUUAUUUGGGACCAUAGAAAAGAUUUUUCCAUUAAAUUUUGGAGGCAAUUCAAUCAACAGCACCUAAAAUGUCUUAUUCCUAGAAAACUGAUAAGUUGCUUCUGAAAAAAUGUUUUUGGUACUUUUGUACAUUUGUGUGGAAUUCUUUCCAAUAUGAAAAUGUUGAUUUAUUGUAUUAAAUUAUUUAUUUGUAAUUGUGCAGUUACAUUCAACUUAAUGUUUGUUAUGUUUUAAACAGUAACUGUUAAAUCAAUUCAAUAAAAAUGC